GCGAUUGAAGUUUUAGCGAGCAUCUUGCUUGGCAAAGAUGAUCAGCCAAAAAUUGAGAUAAAAAACGCAGACAAAGUCAAGAGCGGACAACUUAAAAACGCUGAAUUGUUGCAAAUUUAGAAAAAUUAGAAGGUAACCAAUCCUUAUCCUGAAGAGGAGAAUGGACAUAGUUCGCAGAACACGACUUAGCGUCGUUCUUCGGAUUUUUUAGAUGACAAUCGCAACAGGAUGCGGCGUUGCCUCUGCUCGAAAUGUCUCCGAUACGCGGCUGUCGUUGUUCCUUUCGGCAUUAUCGCAUUGAAACGCGAACGUAGAGACCUAGACCUCCAAAUCGACGCUAAAGGCGACUUUAAGCCUAUUGACGAUGCCGCCAAGCAGGGUGACUCUGACCAUGACGGUGAUGCUGACGAAGUUAGUAGUGCGGAGCCAGUAGGCGGUGUUAGCUUGGUGCAACUGAAGGAGGAAACAAACGCGGGCCACGAUGCGGCGACCUCACGUCUUCUAUCUUGGUCUCCACCGGGACACCUCGGCACACAUGCACAAAACACCGCAGAGCUCUUACGUACUGAAAACCAAGUCUUUCAGAUUUAGAGUCUAUGAGAUCCAUUGUUUGUUAAAGACUGCCGCAACAAGCAUGUGCUGAUCAUGCACUACAUUGUAUUUGUUACUUUCUCUGAUAUGUUGUCUCAUCCGAAACACUAUUGAUUGAAUAUUCCAUCAUCCAUCAUGCUUGCAGGUAGAUGAACAAGACUCGCAUUUCUCCCUGUCCCAAAUUCUCUCUGACAGGCAUGUCGCAGCCCGGUCGGAGCAACAUGAUGAAACAAAAUCAGGCGACUGAGGCCCUCUUAUUUAAUCCAGCGGCACGAGGUACCUUACGUACUACAAAAUUCACUUAUUAUUCCAUCACUCAUCAUGCUUGCAGGUAGAUUGACAGGAUUCGGAUUUCUCCCGUUUUCAAAUUCUCCUUGAUAGGCAAUCCAACCGCGCAGUGGACGGAGGAGAAGAAGAUGCAGAAUAUGGCGACCCAGCAGCUCUUAGAUCCGAGUCCAUCUCCAUCUCCUCGGAGGGGAGAUUCAGGUCCGUUCAGCGAGCACACUCUCAGAGGUACUUACUACAAAAUCAAAUCAAGUUGUUCUUGUUUAAUAGGAACCAUGAGAUCCGCACUCUAUCCAAAUCUUUUGUUGAAGAAUGCCAGCACAAUCAUCUGCUUAUCAUGCGCUACUUACUUUCUCUGAUAUGGCUAAUCCGAAAGGCCGUCAUCUAUCAUGCAUCCAGGUGAAAGAGAAAGAUUCGGAUCUGUUCUUGACCCAAAAUGUUUCUCACAGCGUCCGAGGAGACUAAGUAUAAUACUAUCUGCUCGAGAUGGAAUUCACAACUCACGCAAGAAUGGGUGAAUUGGUGGAAUGCGAAUGCGAUGCGUGUGUACAAGAGAUUCCGCCCCGAUGAACCAAAUGUUGACUUACCAGAGGCGUCUGUAGAUCCUAGACCGCAUGCACCUACUCAGCCAAUGCCUCCAUGUCCAGUGAAUCGUAUUCCAGAAGUGCCUAAUUUUUCAUCUGAGGAGGCGGCGGACAGUGCUGCAGUCGGUACAAUCUUGCUGCAUCUCUUGCUUUCGAUGACUCGUUAUUUAGUAUUAACCGUAUGAAAUUGAAUUCCGUAAUCUACUGAAGUUUUCUAUUAAAGACUACCACCACAUUUUUCGGUAUUCAUAUUUGGAAACGUUUGCUGCGAGCCACCGGGUCUUAGCAGGUACUUACUACAAAAUCAAAUGAAUUCGUUUAAUGGGAACCAUGAGAUCUUCCGAACUCUCUCCAAAUCUUUUGUUGAAGAAUGCCAGCAGAAUCGUCUGCUGAUCAUGUACUACUUUCUUUGAUCAUAUGGUCAAUCCGAAAUACUAGUGAUUGAAUAAGCCAUCAUCCAUCAUGCAUCCAGGUACAAGAUGAAGACUCGGAUCCCUUCUUGACCCAAAAUGUCACUUAUAGGCUCGCAGGAGCAGGUGCAGGGCUCGCAGGAGCAGGAGCAGGUGCAGGGCUCGCAGGAGCAGGAGCAGGUGCAGGGCUCGCAGGAGCAGGUGCAGGUUAUGCCGGACGAAGUAAUUACGUAUUAUAAUCAUGUCUGCAGCAAUUGGAUUUGGAAUUCAUUCACGCAAGAGACCGCGGAGUGGUGGGAGAAGUCUGCGCAGCUUGUGUACGACAAACUCCGAGAAAGUCAUCAGGCUUACCUGUUGGCAUGUCCUCCUUGGGCCCGAGGACCUCAGUCGAGCGAACCGAUUACGACUCUUGAUUGUAUAGAAGAAUUCUAUUCUUGUAUUGGAGGUUGAUUAUGCACUAUACUCCACAUCUUUUUCUGAGACUAUGUCCACGAACAAGUAUUGAACAAACUAUCCUCCACCGUGCCUGCAGGUAACGAACUCGCAUCCCUCCUUGUCCCACAUCCUGCUUGUUUCGAUCUGCAGAGGUCCGAUUCCGGUUCCGAGACGAGCACCACAGUCACUCGACGUGAUACUGCUUCCUUACCUGCUUCACAGAUUAGUGCUGAGGAGCCGACGACGAGCAAUAAUUUAGGUACUGAACCUUAAGUCGUUGAGGUUCAUGCGAUUCAACGGACCUCUUCGGAAUCCCUUGUUGCAGGAUACCAGUACACCGUUCUGCAUCUUGGUAACCGUUGUUAACGACUUUCUCUCGUUAUUUUUUCAACAAUUGGUAAUAUUUCAGGUCUAUCACGAUUCUUCAUGUACAUCUCACCAAAUGCAAAUCACGACAUAAUCAUAAUUCUACUUCUUCCGUACUGAAAUGAGAAACUGACUUGCACGAACUUCAUCGGACAAAAUCGUUUCCAGGUGCUCAAUCAAAACAAGAAUCGGAUCCGGACAAACUAGGAACUUCAGGUGUUGUCUCUCAUCGUGCCGAGCUCAAAGAAGAACUGCUCGAGGAGAUGGAGCCCAAGCAGCCAGCAGCCGCAUCUUCCGACGCUAGCAUCUUGAAAGCAGUCGCCAGCAACGGCAGAGCCGAGACUCUCCCAGAGAAUGCAUCGGAUCCGCACAAACUAGGAACUUCAGGUGUUGUCUCUCCUCGUGCCGUGCUCCCAAGCGAAAUGGAUGGGGAGAUGGAGCCCAAGCAGCCAGCAACCGCAUCUUCCGACACUAGCAUCUUGAAAGUAGUCGCCAACUGCAGAGCGGAUGCAUCAGACACAUCAGGAUCAGAAUCGGGUUCGACUAAACUAGAAAGUUCAGGUGUUUUCUCACCUCGUGUCGCGCUCCAAAGCGCACUACGGGGUAACGAGAUGGAUGUUUCGAGCCAGGACUUCAAGAGCAGACUUUGCGACAUCAUCUUCAAGAAUCAAAAAGAUGUUGGUCUGCGAUACACUCUCGACGCUGAUAAAUGGGAUGCGUUUUUCAUGAAAUAUCCGUCGGAGGCGGUUUGGAAUGCGCGUUCCAUUCUCCAAGCGUCAUUUGCGGGAAACACAAAAAAGACUCGAGGGUUGCUGGCAGAACUCGGAGUUUAUCGAAGUGCGGAGAACAAACUCGAUUUGAUGAGUGUGGUUAUGGAUGAGGAGAAUAACACACCACACGACUGGGACCUCUAUCACGCUGUUGCGUCUGGUCAUGCUCUUGCUAGUUGCGAUCCCACUGGUAAUGAAGAAGAAGAAAACCUAUUAGAAACACUUGCGGCACUCGUCCUCUGUGACGUGCUCAAACUGAGCGCUGACCUGAUCCAAAACCCACUAGGAGUGCGUUCCCCCCCCAAGAGCCCUUGAUGUGAUACAUGAAUUCAUUAUUUUUGUGACCAUUCACGUUCUGAUCUGUUUGCUCAGUGUUUGUCCUCCUCCGUUUGCGAAAUGUCAAGCCCAAGCAACCAACUCUGGAAAUAUCAUCAUGAACAGUAUACCGAAAGCUGAGCAGAUUCCCAUGGAGCAAAAAAACCCAAGAACCUUCAUGAUUCCCCGCCUGUUGUAUCCUAAGAAAUCUAAAUCUUCUAAACAAAGAAAGAUAUUUAACCUUCUGAAUGUAGAUUCUUUACCUCGAAUGUGAUACAUGCACUUUGGAGGAAGACAAUCGUCUCACCGAAGCCAUAUUCUU